CAAAUAUGGGGUAAAGUGAAAUUAAGAGCUGGCAACUGUAUUGUGCGUUCACAACUUUACAUUUUCAAUUGUUUUCAAUUUUUGUUUAACAUAUCAAAUUAAAACAAGUUUUUGCCGCUGCUGCUUGCGGAUAUUUACGAUAGCAACAAGUUGUAUUCAACGAUAACGAAACAUGAUGACGUGUGCAUUGCCGUAAGUGAAAGUAACUUAUUAGUGGUAGGAGUCAUUUACGAAGGUCUUCAAUAUCGGCUGUGUUUUGUGUCGCGCACAGUCUCGGGCUCGUUGUGGUUUCGUGCGCUCGGUUCUACGUUUACGUUCUGCUUCGUUUACGAUGUGUGGAAUUUUUGCAUAUAUUAAUCACCUGACGCCUAAGACCCGGCGAGAAAUCUUAGAAUUACUUGUGAAUGGAUUAAAGCGCUUAGAAUACCGUGGAUAUGACUCUGCGGGCGUCGCUAUCGAUGCCGCCGAUCAAAAGGAUAUCGCUGUUGUGAAAAAACAGGGCAAAGUUGUCGCACUCGAAGAGCUCCUACAGGAACAAAGUGUUGAUCUAGCUGUUGAAGAAUCUGUGGAUUCACAUUGCGGUAUUGCUCAUACCCGCUGGGCAACUCACGGUGAGCCCAGCGCCAUCAACUCGCAUCCGCAGCGCUCCGGCGAAGACAACUCGUUUGUUGUCAUACACAAUGGAAUUAUCACUAAUUAUAAGGAAGUUAAGACUUUCCUUGAGAACAAGGGCUAUAUCUUUGAAUCCCAAACUGAUACAGAGGCUAUCGCUAAGUUGGUUCACCAUAUCUAUGGACAGCACAAGGAUUACAGCUUCCAGGAACUUGUCGAGCAGGUAAUUCAACAACUAGAAGGAGCGUUCGCUCUGUGUUUCAAGUCUCGUUAUUUCCCUAAUGAAUGUGUGGCCACAAGACGUGGUAGCCCCCUGCUUGUGGGCAUCAAAACAAAACGGCGUUUGUCAAGCGACCAUGUACCUAUCAUGUACACCAACAACAAGGCUACCAGAGGAGUUGUGCCCUCUGUGCCACGUGUUAACAGCCAUGCCCACUUUGAGCCAGAAGAGGAAAGAGAUGUCGAAUACUUCUUUGCAUCGGAUGCCUCUGCUGUUAUUGAACACACCAACAGAGUGCUUUAUUUCGAAGAUGAUGAUGUAGCCCACAUCAAAGAUGGAGUUCUCAGUAUCCAUCGUCUGUCAGGCAGCAGCACCGAUCCUCACCAGAGAGAGAUUUUCACUCUGAAACUGGAAUUACAGCAGAUAAUGAAAGGCAACUAUGACUACUUUAUGCAAAAAGAAAUUUUUGAGCAAUCUGAGUCUAUUGUAAACACUAUGAGAGGUCGUCUUAACUUCGCUGAUGGCACCGUGACACUCGGCGGUAUCAAAGAUUACAUUCCAGAAAUUAAGCGUUGCAGAAGAUUGAUGCUGAUCGGUUGUGGUACGAGUUACCAUAGUGCUGUUGCCACACGCCAGCUGCUCGAGGAGUUAACUGAACUGCCUGUGAUGGUGGAAUUGGCCUCAGAUUUCCUAGACAGAAACACACCUGUGUUUCGUGACGAUGUAUGCUUCUUUAUCUCUCAAUCGGGAGAGACUGCCGAUACUCUAAUGGCCCUUCGUUAUUGCAAACGCCACGGUGCCUUGAUCGUUGGUAUCACUAACACAGUCGGUAGUUCCAUCUGUCGUGAAUCACACUGCGGUGUGCACAUUAACGCUGGCCCCGAAAUCGGCGUGGCCUCCACAAAAGCAUACACCUCGCAGUUUGUGUCUCUCGUUAUGUUCGCACUGGUGAUCAGUGAAGAUCGUAUUUCCUUACAGAAGCGUAGAGCCGAUAUUAUCGAAGGGCUUCAUGAAUUGGAUGUUAAAAUUCGUCAAGUGUUGGCGUUAGACGACAAAGUAAAAGCGUUGGCUGAAGAUCUUUAUCAACAGCGCUCCUUGUUGAUAAUGGGACGUGGAUACAACUUUGCUACAUGUUUAGAAGGGGCUCUAAAAGUAAAGGAAUUGACAUAUAUGCACAGUGAAGGCAUUAUGGCGGGAGAGUUGAAGCAUGGGCCGCUCGCCCUCAUCGAUGACUCCAUGCCAGUAAUGAUGAUCGUGAUGCGUGACCCUGUUUAUAUAAAAUGCAUGAAUGCGCUUCAGCAGGUGACUGCCCGCCAAGGCCGGCCGAUUGUUGUCUGCGAGGAAGGAGACACGGAAACUACGGCCCUCGCAUCUCGCGUCUUGGAAGUUCCAAAAACUGUGGAUUGUUUACAGGGUGUCCUCACGGUUAUCCCCAUGCAGCUAUUAGCAUAUCACAUCGCCGUUCUGCGCGGUUGCAAUGUCGAUUGCCCAAGAAAUCUCGCUAAAUCUGUUACUGUUGAAUAAGUGAUAUUAUAACUGUUGUGUAUAUAUUUUAUUAGUUUUCGAUCUCUAAAGACGAGCGCUUUCGCAAUGUCUAUAAUUUUUUUCGCAUACCUAUAUAAUAUAAAUUACGCGUUUCAAAUUAUUAAAUAAAUUGAACAAUUAUAUUCCUAGGGAAAAAGCUGACUGCAAUAUUAAAUAAAUAAUUGCAAUGAAGUACAGUAUGUACUUACUCAGUCUUGGAGCAUAAUUGAAUCCACGAAGUUUCAUCCCACAACAAAUAUUUUUAGAUAAAGUCCGAGUCAGACUCGCGCACCGAGGGUUCCGUACUCGGGUAUUUUUUCCGAUUAUUUUAUGCAUAAAAAUAAA